GGAUAGAACUUGGUUAAGGAACACCCACCAGAAGACCCGAGGAAAGAGAGGAAAAGGACAGAAGAGGAAGAACAAAAGAGCAACGGUCCUACACGAGAAUGGCUCGGACUUCGGCUUCCGUGAAAAGAAGUUCGUCUCUCUGCUUCUUCGUGUUACUGCUGCCGAGUUUUGAAGGAAAUGCCAUAGGACUCUCUCAGUCACUCCGCUGCAUCAAGGUCCCUCCCGUCCUCCUCUCCACGGCCACCGUCACCAAGUCUCUGGCAGUAAGCAGAACUAUCUGUGCAACAGCCGUCGCGCAGACCCCUUGGGCGCAUCUCAUGUGCUACAGUAAUGACUCGUGCAGCAUGUACGACAUCAAAGUACCUUUGAACUUUGCAGACCUAUCCCAGGAAGCCCUGACUUGUUGCACAGAUCAGCUCAAUGCAUGCACAGACAGAAACAAGACCAUCGCGCACGGUGCUGUGGCCCUUUUCAACUGCACGAGGAUGAAGUGCAAUAAUGGUAACCUGGAAGAGAUCGCAGAACCGAAAGGAGGCAACUUCAGAUUCCUCAGUGAUCAACUUGGCUGUCUCUACGCGCAUCAAGUAGCAAUGAAUUGGUUGUCUGCACGAGUGAAUUGCCAGUCCUAUGAUGCAGACAUAUACGUCCCUAAUCAUGACCAAGAUGUGGUGGCUUUACAAAAUCACGUCAAGACACUGGGUGGUUCGAGCUACUGGAUUGGUAUAAAUUCUCUGCGUUGGGCGAAUGGGAAGGCCGUCAACUCAACCGUGUGGGACAUAGGUCAACCAGAAGGCAAUACACAGUGUGGAGUGUUUUUUAAGGACGCUAGCUACAAUGUUCAUGAUAAUUGGUGUACUUCAGUAUAUUACUCUGUCUGCCAGUUUAAAUAACCCCCAAAGGAUCUUGUUUUUGCCAAGACUCUGCGACGAUCACCUCUUUCAUACCGACAAUUUAAGAGAGAUUCUUAUGACAUAUGAAACAAAAUGCGGCUUGAGUAAUUAAGAAUCAUGAAAGCAAUAGGCCUAAACUUAUUUCUGCAAAGCUCAGAUUGAGGUAGAAGGUAAUUUAGGUGUCGAGUCCUACCUUAGCAUCCUGUCAAUGUCAAAUCUGCUGGAAAUUCAUGAGAAAUAAACCAAGUAUGAUACUGGUAUCAAACUUGAUCUACUAUCAGGGGUGACACAAAACAGAAAAUCAAACAUACUGAAGUUUGAUGAUUUCCAACAAGUGCUCACACUAGCUACACUAACAAAGGAUACAGCUGGAUGUCAAUAUAAAUACCAUUCGCAGAUAAAAUGCAAGGGCCUAGGUUCACAAUUUUCCCUGCUCAAGAUCUGACAGUGAGGGGCGGCCUGCUGCUUGAUCCUAUAUACCACCUGGUGUGAAAUGACUUGGUUACUGCAGCUGGGCUUUAGAAUUCUCCCUCCUCACCUUUUGCAAACAUAUACAAGUUCAUCAAUUUGUUGGAGUGGCAGGACGUUGAAUUUACCAUCUGAACUUUGAGUUGUGGACACCAACUGUCCAAAAUGUGAUUCCAGCUUUAAGGCAAAGGCUUUGUGCUGUGUGUGUGUGUGUGUGUGUGUGUGUGUGUGUGUGUAGUCCUUCUGGUUCUACUGUGUGAUUUGUUCUUUGUGAGGGCUUCUUUGUAAGCGGUUCUGCUUUGUGAGUGGUCAUUCUUUGUGAGUGGUUUUACUUCGUGAGUGUUCUUCUUUGUAAGUGGCUCUAGAUGUGUUGCACCUUUUAGUGUUGAUGUUCUUGAUACCCAGCUAGCCAAGUUAGAGAACAUCAUGACGGUUAUGUAAGCUAAAUAGUAAACUUAAAAACUUACGCAUCUAAAUUAUUACUGACAUUGCAAAAUUUAUCACAAAAAAUUGCCAUAUGUUAGAAAUAGAAAAGUGGCAUAUAAGGUGGAGUGCUCAACAAUACUUUAUUACGUUUAUGUUACAACGCGUUAAAUAAGUAUUUAACUGACCGCAAAGAAAUUCUUUCUUAUGCAGCAAACAAUUCAAUGGUUAGUUUUUUGGUCAUUCGAAAAACAAGUGAGAAAAUUAUAUUAGCCUCUGCCUAAAUUACAUUUUCUUUCAAGAUAUAUUACAUGAUAGAAACAUACAUUUAUGGGUAACUACUUAAAAUGGGCGUAGGCUCCAUCCUCAAGAGAAUAGUGCUUUUUCUUCUCAUGCACAUUUUUGCUUUCUUGAUGAGA